CCUUUGUUGGUGUCUUUUCCAGCUCUAAAAUUCUUAAUGAUUUCACAAAAUCAGACAGGAAUCUUAAUUUCUCAGCAUUUUUCUGUAUGGAGCUUCCUGAACCUCUUCAACCUAAGAUUGAAGCGAUCCAUCUUAAAUUCGCUGCAUCUCUUUGGCUCUUGUUGCUGGCUAGUACAUUGCAAAUACAGAACAGUACGGUUUUAACUCUUCUGUACAAUGGUGCCCGGGAACACUUCCGUCACUUACUUGUUGUAGUUGCAAACUCAAACCUAAGAAGCUAAAAAUAUAUUCCUUUGACCCAGAGCCAGUGAGUUCAGAAGAGAUUCUGUUUUCAGACUUUCAGGGCUAUCAGUAAUGCGCUUUCACUGCCUUCUACAUGGCCAGAAAUGGUGUCUUAACUCGUAUUUUUGUAUCCACAAUGUCCAACACAAUACUUGGAAGAAAGUAAUGAAAAGACCAGCAGAGAGAAGAGAUUCCAUCUUCCAGAGGUCACCACUGUCUGCCUCCCCACUUGUCCCCAUCCUCAGUCAUCUUUUUUAAUACACGAUGCCAUUAUUAUCUCAGGAACUGAGAUGGCCAAACAAAUUCAGAAAGAAAUACAGCGAGGAGUAGAAUCGUGGAUUUCCCUUGGGAACAGAAGACCUCACCUCAGCAUCAUUUUAGUGGGUGAUAACCCAGCAAGCCAUACAUAUGUCAGGAAGAAGAUCAGAGCUGCCUCUGCUGUAGGUAUCUGCAGUGAGAUCAUUCUAAAAUCAAAGGAUGUUUCUGAGGAAGAACUUUUGGACAUAACUGAUCAAUUGAACAUGGAUCCAAGAGUCAGUGGUAUAUUAAUUCAGUUGCCACUGCCAGACCAUGUGGAUGAGCGAACAGUUUGUAAUGGAAUUGCCCCUGAAAAAGAUGUAGAUGGAUUUCAUAUUAUCAAUAUUGGAAGACUGUGCCUUGAUCAGCAUUCUCUCAUACCUGCCACUGCCAGUGCUGUUUGGGAAAUAAUCAAAAGAACAGGAAUUGAAACAUUUGGAAAAAAUGUGGUUGUGGCUGGACGAUCCAAGAAUGUAGGGAUGCCCAUCGCCAUGCUUUUACAUACCGAUGGAGAACACGAACGGCCUGGAGGUGAUGCAACUGUGACAAUAGCUCACAGAUAUACUCCCAAAGAACAAUUGAAGAUCCAUACUCAGCUGGCAGAUGUUAUCAUAGUAGCUGCAGGUAUUCCAAAGUUGAUUACAUCUGAUAUGAUUAAAGAAGGUGCUGCUGUAAUUGAUGUGGGUAUCAACUAUGUCCAUGAUCCAGUAACAGGAAAGACAAAAUUAGUUGGAGAUGUGGACUUUGAAGCUGUUAAGAAGAAGGCUGGCUUUAUCACUCCAGUUCCAGGAGGUGUGGGACCCAUGACAGUGGCGAUGCUUCUGAAGAACACCCUUCUGGCAGCUAAAAAAAGCGUUUACUAGAUCGCAUGAAAGAAUAAGCAGGCAAAAGUCAUGCUACCUAUUUAUGUAACAAAGGAAAAACAAAACCUUUAUAUUUUACUACAAAGCUAUUUAUUUCUACAUUGUAUUUAUUUUUUCAUAUAUGGAAUCAUUUUGGAUAAGAUGAUUCACACAACUUUAUGCAUUUCCUGCUAACAGAUUUUGAGUUUUAGAGGAAAACAAAACAAUUUCAAUGAAAACUUUGGUAACAAUUGUUUAUUUUGUGCAUAAUAUUUGUCCAUAAUGUUAAAACAAUAAAAGGCUCAUAAUAAAUAUUUUUGACACAAAUAAAUAUCAUAUGCCAUAUCUUUUCAACAAGUGUUUUGUCAGCCAAAUGGCACUCAUGUAAAAUGUAAUUUAGAUUUUGCCAUAAUCAUGCUCAAGUUUUAUAUCUUUUAUGUUCUAUAUCAUAUUUUGAAAAAGCGCUAACUUGCCAAAAGAAGGAUAAACUAUAAGAAACAAUAUCUUGAUCUCAUACAUCUCCCAAAUGCAUCCUGAGGCAUCCUAAUAAGAAAUGAUAUUCUAUUCAAGGAAAGAAAAGUAUACAAGGAAGAAAAAAAAAACAAAACAAAACUCAGUGCUACUUGAAAAGGUAAUAAUUAUCUCAAAUUGUGAAUGACUACUUCCCAUAGUAAAAAUAUAAUAAGAAUGUGUUAGGUUUAUAUAUAAUUUAUUUGUCCUUCUAGAAAAAUAUGUGAAUGAUACCUUUUUUGAGGAAUAAUGGACAAUCCAAAAGCAAACAAAUACAUAAAACAAAACUAAGGUGAUCUUUUCCCACAAAUGUCAGAAAAAUAUGACGUAAUAUGAGUGAGGCCUUCAUUAAAAAACAACUGUUGUGUUUUUGUUUUUGUUUUUUCACAAAUUCAGAAGUCUAAUGAGAAAGCACACCUACCACGUGCCAAUGCUGAACCUUAGGAUACGACUAAAAAUCGGCGUCUUGCCCACAAUUCUUUCCUCUUCUGUUAUUGCAGAGGUUCUCAAAGUAGAUGUCAUGUUUCUAACACAAUUUAAAUUAGGAAAUAUAUUUGGCUCUCUCAGUUGAAGGCUAUUUGGGAACUGCUGUAGCCACAUAACUGUACUGUUUUCCUAUCCAAAUCCCAGUAUAUUUGUGUACUAAUAAUGAUUCUUACCAAUGCAUGUCUGUAACAGUGUGUACACUUGAUCAUUUAUGUGAUAAUAGACUAGAUAUUUAGAAUUAAUAGUAUUUCAACUGUAUAAUAAAAGCAAUUUGAAUAAGAA